CUCCUCCCGGGCGCGGGCACGAGCCACCGGCCGCCGCGCCGCCGCUUCCCUCCUGGGGCCUGCCGGGAGCGAGGGAUGCGCCCCGGGGCCUCUUGCGCGCGGCUCCGGCGUCGACCUUGGGGGGUCCGCCCCCCGCCCCAGUGGGUCCGAAGGGGCCGGAGCCCCGGGGGUCUUUGCGCCCCCCACCCCCCCAUGGCCAGCGGCAGCGUCUCCCCGGCGCGCCUCGCGAGGCGCCCCCCAACCGCCCCCCGCGGCCGUUGCCGGGCGAAGGUUCGGGGGUGGGCGAGCGAGGCCGGGGCCGGCAGAGGCAUGGCUUCCCCCGGGCGCUCCGGAUCCAGGGCGCCCCCCGAGUGAGUGAGUGGGGUGGGGGCCGGGCCCGGGAAGGGGGGAGCCGAGCAGGUGGAGGCGCCACUGAGACGCCUGCCUGGCGCUGCGGAGAGCGCUUCUCCGGGGAUUGGACUCAUCGCCUUUUAAGCCAAGGGAGCCCGGGCAGAUAGAUGGCACCAAGGGCACAUUGUGUAAAGAAGUAAUAAUAAUAAUAAUAAUAAUAAUAAUAAUAAUAAUGUAGUAUUUUUACACCGCCCAUCUAGCUGGGUUUCCCCAGCCACCCUGGGCAGCUUCCAGCAAAAGAUUAAAAAUACAUCAAAACAUCAGUCAUUAAAAACUUCCCUAAACAGGGAAGAACUUCCCUAAAGAAGAACUUGCCUCUCUGCUGAAUUUGCUGCUAAUCAGUUUUAUUGAGUAGCCCCAAGUUCUUAUUUAUUACAGAAGAGAGGGGGGAACAUGUCCGUGUCACUCGCCUUCUAAACAGACUCUAAAGUUGCCAACUGGGUGCCAUUUUCUACCCAAACAAUACAUAACAAUAACAGAAGUACAGCAAUGGAAUGGAAACGGAAAAUUGACCGUAACAUAAUUGUAAUCUAUGAAAGCACCAUUAUCAAACCAGAAACUAAAAAAUAAGCUAAACAUCAUAAAUGCAGCAUAGGUCAUGUGAUUAACAGAUCACCAAGUAGACAUUUAUAAUUUAUGAAGCAAUAUUAACAAGUUAGCAACUAAAAAAUAAGCUAAACCCUACGAAUGUACUAUUUUUUAAAUCCAUGGCAUCUCCCACCCACCCUGUGACUCAUAACCUUUUGUGCUCUUCAUUAAAAUCCACAUGGGUAACAAGCAUCAUACAAGAGGACCCUGAUCUAACAGAAAUACCUGCAGCAGGUAUACUUUAUUAGUAAGUCAAGCCCAUGACGAGUGAUGUUCAAGGCAGUUGUCAACAAUAGCACAAACGCAGCAAGCUACUUUUCCCUCUCAAGCCGUUGGGCCCGGUCUCACUCAGAUAAUUUGCCCCCACCUCACUGAACAACCCUUUACCUGAAGGUUUUUUUCUCUCAAAAUUCCAACCCAGAUUAUCCUGUGGGGGACCGUUGUGAGGGGAUAACUAGUAAGUUGGAGUCUCAGGCGGGUUUUCUUUAAAUAAACAAUAAAGAUUUACCGUAUUUUUUGCUCUAUAAGACUCACUUUUUCCCUCCUAAAAAGUAAGGGGAAAUGUGUGUGCACCUUAUGGAGCGAAUGCAGGCUGCGCAGCUAUCCCAGAAGCUUCUGAGAUUCAGAAUAUUUUUUUCUUGUUUUCCUCCUCCAAAAACUAUGUGCAUCUUGUGGUCUUGUGGUCUUGUGGUGCGUCUUAUAGAGCGAAAAAUACAGUAUUUUAGGCAAGAUCGUAUAUAACACAAGUGCAAAAAACUUAGGUUACUUCAGGAAUACAAUGCUAUUUUACUUUAACUGGUCCUCAGUUGUUUUUGGUUGCAUUAUAAGUUGGUUCCUUUAUAAGAGGCAUGGCCAAACUCGGCCCUCCAGCUGUUUUGGGACUACAACUCCCAUCCUCCCUAGCUAACAGGACCAGUGGUCAGGGGUGAUGGGGAUUGUAGUCCCAAAUCAUCUGGAGGGCCAAGUCUGGCCAUGCCUGCUUUAUAAGGUGAUACUUCCUUUCAGUUACCCACCCCCUUUAACAAUCCAGUUCCUGAAGUACUGAAGUAAUAGACCCAAGGGCUCUCUCCUUUCACUGGGUCUGGGAGUUCCUUCUUCUCCUUAGAAGAUUCUCUCCCCUCCGGACUGGGUUGAGUCCCAAGGAGGCUGUUCCUUUCCAGCUCCUACUUCUCCUGGCUCAACCUCUGCCUCCCAGGAAAAUCCUGGUCUAUUCCUCCUACAGGACACCACACUCUAUCCUUCGCAAUACGCUCAGAGCGGAAGUUCUUUUUUUCUUUUUCUUUCUCCCUUUCCCUCUUUUUACCUCCACCUGUCUCCUCACCUGUCUCCCAACCUCUCCACCCUCAAUUCCAAGCACACCUCCCUGUCUCUCUUCAGAUCCUCUCCUUUUAAACUCUCCCUCCUGGAACCACGGCCAGUCAGAGGCUGCUGUAUGUGAACCAUUUGCUGGCAAGGAAAGAGAGAAAAAAGAAACGCUUGUUGAACCAACCUGUCCAGCAAAACCAAAUUUUUCGUCACACCCGCUCCCCACCCCUGGCCUCUGUGACUGUAGCAGUGGUUCCUGUUGAGCUGUCUCAGCCUGAUGGCAAUCAAAUUGUUCCCUUUCCUUUUGGGGAACUUGCUCCUCCAGCCACUGCCCUCUCCUGUGCUUUUUCCAGCUCUUAAAAUUUAUUUUAGGUAACCAGAACUGUAUGCACUACAUCAUGGGUAGACAAACUAAGGCCCGGGGGGCCGGAUCCGGCCCAGUCGCCUUCUAAAUCUGGCCUCGGACAGUCCGGGAAUCAGCGUGUUUCUACACGCGUAGAAUGUGUGCUUUUAUUUAAAAUGCCUCUCUGGGUUAUUUGUGGGGCGUAGGAAUCUGUUCAUUAAAAAAUAAUAAUAAUACAGUCCGGCCCCCCACAAGGUCUGAGGGACAGUGGACUGGCCUCCUGCUGAAAAAGUUUGCUGACCCCUGCACUACAUCCUGGAAAGUGGAAUAAAAAGAACUUGGUCUUGGCCAUGCCAUAGAUGAGUACAAUACAGCUCAUAACACAAUUAUAAGUUUUCACAAUGCCCUCUUAAGUGCCAUGAAGCACAAAUAUAAGGCCAUCAUAGUCCAGCCUCCGGUUCUCACAGUGGCCGACCAGAUGUCUCAGAAGGGAAGUCCGGCAGCAGGACCCGAGUGCAAAACUGCUCUCGCCAACCAUGAAUUCAGAGACAAAUGAGCUCCAGUUGUGGAAGUAGAACAUAAUCAAUGGCCACUAGCUGCAAUGGCGAUCUUCCAUUAAUUUCCCCAUCCCUCUUUUAAAGCUGCCCAAGCUUCUGGCCAUUAAUACAUCUUGUGGGAGCAAAUUCUACAGAGCAACCGUGCAGAUUGUGUGUGUGUAAGUUCUUUUUAAAAGUCCCCACUUUUUAACUAAUUUGUUUUGAAUUAUUUCAACAUAUAAAGACGUCAUACAGAUAAAUCAUUAAAUAUCUCAGCCCAACCCUGAAGCUGGGGUUUAGACAGCACAUGCAGAAUAACAACCAAAAAGCAUAGUAAGUUCUUAUCAAAAAAAACUUCUGUUUGUAUAGCAGGCAAAAAAACUGUUUAAGGUAACCAAAAAGUUUUGUAAUGUGAAGCGAGUUUAUAUUUAGCCAGGUGCAUAAUAAAGCUGAGCCAAUCAGCUGCAAGAGAAUCCUUGUGCCUCGAGCCUUGUGGCAAUUUUAUUUUAUUGCUUUAUACGCCCACAAGUUCAGUUCGCCAUACUUAGUUGAACCAAUUUGUCAGAGAAACCUCCUUGAAGUUCUUCCCGUAUCUUGUUCUUAAUAGCCUGACUGCUCGAAAAAGAUUUACUAAAGGGUUAAGCUGUAACUUAAUAUUCCCUCCUGUAAAAAGAUUGCAGAGAGCCAGCUCCAGACAUUUAGAGGCAUUUGUCUGGUAGUUGCUUUUACAGUGGUACCUUGGGCUAAGUACUUAAUUUGUUCCGGACGUCUGUUCUUAACCUGAAACUGUUCUUAACCUGAAGCACCACUUUAGCUAAUGGGGCCUCCUGCUGCCGCCUUGCCACCGGAGAACGAUUUCUGUUCUCAUCCUGAAGCAAAGUUCUUAACCCGAGGUACUAUUUCUGGGUUAGCGGAGUCUGUAACCUGAAGCGUAUGUAACCCGAGGUACCACUGUAUUUGGACAAAUGCUUCCUCCCAGAACUGAGCCACUUUCCCGCACAUCCACCACAUGGUUUGGUUAGAACCUGAGAUACUCCAGCAGUUUGGCCAUAGAAUUAGAAUUGAAAGGUACAGCUCUUACUGUCAGGUCUUCCUGAUGUUGAGUCAGAAUCUCCUUCCUUGUAACUCGAAGCCAUGGUUUCAAGUCCUGCCCUCCAGAGCAGGAGAAAACAAGUUUGCUUCCUCUUCCAUGUGACAGGCCUUCAGAUACUUGAAGAUGUCUGUAAUAUCUCCUCUCGGUCUCCUCCAGGCGAGUAGGAGGAGCGAGUAAGGGCCAGCUGUAUAGGUGUGCAAGGCCAUUUUCUUGUUGAGGCCAAGGCUGAUUUAAAAGGAAAUUCCCUCCUGCACAUUGAGGUCCACACCUCUUUGUUGAUAGUCAUCUGCCAAUCAGCUUCCCACAUCUGCCUUAAGCCAUCUUCUGUACCCAUAUCCACUAGGAUUAGCAUACUUUAGAGUCUGGACUCCCGACCCUGUUCUGCCUUCGUAACCAAUCCCAACAAUAAUUCAAAAGGAGUCGGAGCUCUCAGUGACCGUGCCUUGAUGUAGGUUUGGCGUAUCAGUAAUAUUUCUACUGCUCUGCACAAACUCUGGAUGAAAGUAGGAUGAAAAAAGCGGGAGAAUCUUAGGCACACAAUCCCGCUGUCCUCCUUGUCGUAAAGGUCCUCCAUCAGCACCACCAAGGCCCACCUGGAAUUGCAGAAGGAACCAGGGCCUCUCUCUCCCUCCGGGUCCCAGGGGCUGCUGCUGGCUGGCCUCCAAGCCUAGGCUCUCAGGCAGAAAGGUCCAUUUCGGUCUGUGGGUGAAUCCAAGGUCCUGAGGCCCAGCUCACCUGCCUCCUCCUUGUCCCCUCCCCAGGCUGCCCAUUCCGGAGCCCAUGGUGCCUCUGACAGAGCUACAGCAGCUGCACAUUCAAACUUGCUGGCUAAAGGCUUUUGACGACGCGGAAGCAAAUGGCAGACUCAUAAUCAUCAGGUCUGGUGCUGUAGUCUGUUGGCCUGGGGCGAUAUCUCCCAGCCUGGCCUUUCUCUUUUUCAUAUGUAUAUAGAUAUAUCCUUUAUUAAAUUUGCUUAUUAGUACAGUUAUUUCCAUUCAUUACUCAAAAAACAUUAACAUACAUCAGGCAUCCCCAAACUCAGCCCUCCAGAUGUUUUGGGACUACAAUUCCCAUCAUCCCUGGCCACUGGUCCUGUUAGCUAGGGAUGAUGGGAGUUGUAGUCCCAAAACAGCUGGAGGGCCGAGUUUGGGAUGCCUGACAUACAUAAAGAAAAAUAAUAAUCAACAUCAAGUAACACUUCUACAUUCAUACUUCAAAAAUGACUUCCCUCCACCUCCCGGCGGGCCCUUAAUUCUUUUCAGCUCAUUGCUGUUACAUGACUUACAUUAUCUGUCUGUUAUCUAAUUUGCAAAAGUUAACCAAGGCAUGUUAAGGAUUUUGUUUGGGAACAAUGUUUUUUUUCCUAAAUAUACUCUGAAACACUCCCAUUCAGUUUUGAACUUUUGGUUUGAUUGGUUGCCGAUUGCCUCUGUCAUCUUUUCUAGUUCUAAGUGUUCACAUAAUUUGAUUUGCCGUUCUUCCUUCAUUGGAAUUUUAUCUCCCUUCCAGUUUUUGGCAUUCAAUAUUCUUGCUGCUGUCGUUGCGUGUAAGAAAACCCUCCUCUUGUCAACUGGAAUAUCAGUUGUCAGAAUGCCUGGAGGAAUGGCUUCCGUUUUUUUCACAAAUGUUUGUUUAAAGAUUUUUUUUAGUUCCUCAUAUACAAUAUCCCAAAAGUUCUUAGUUUUUUCACAGCCCCACCACGUCGUUCCCUCCCCCUGUUUGCACCUCCAGCCUACAUAUAUUUGAAUUUGUUCUGUAUACCAGCCUGGUCUUUUUCAUACCUCUUUCACAGUCCAUGCAGAAGGCAAUGGGCUUCAACCCGCUGUGGCCCUUUGCUUCACUCCCUCACCAGUUUAGGAGACCUGAGCACCUCCUGGAGCCAGAUCAGAAUGGCUUUUAGAAAGAGUUAGGAGAUGGAGGGCACCAUCCUCUCCUCUUCCACUCGCCCAGGGUCCUUUGGGUGUUACUUGGGUGUACAUCAGAGACAAAAAGAGACAGAAGGCAGGGGAAGUCACGGGUACCGUUGUCUCCCAGGAGCAGAGAAAGUGACAGGAGGCAGUUUCUCCACCUCUGUUCAGGGAGGGGCCCAUACUAGCAGCUGUGGGGAGGGCUGAGAGGCCUCUUUGAUGCUGGGCUCCUCUUCAGAAACCUGGAAUAUGCAGGCUGGCUGGGGAAGGGCGGCUUCCAGGUGAGCAGCUCUUGGAGGGAAGCAGGAGACCAUUGUUGGGGGAGCCAGGGGAGGUCUGGGGGUCCCGCGGGGACAGAAUUUCUGCUGUAGAAGAUAUGCUUCAGCUCCCCAGGCCUCUUCUGCUUUCUGGAGGUCCCAGAUGGGUGUGUGGUUGAAAGCCAUCAACAAAUUCCUUUCCGGAAUUAAGUGGCGGAGGAACAGGGGCAAGGCAAGCAAGAUCAGACUUCUGUGAAUGCUAUUUUGUCAAGGUUUGGAAGCAGAGAUUUCUGUGGUCGAGGGGCCUCUUGACCAGUGAAAUAAACAGGCCACUGGGCAUCACUGCCACCCACCAGACAGAGUUGAGUGAGUGCACCAUCUGUGCAAACCAAAUCCACAGGGGAUCAAGUGGGGCGGUCAGGGAGGGAGCAGCCGGCAGCAGACCCUUCCAAGAACAGAGCUCCUGAGCAAAGCAGACUCUGCAGACCUGGAGGCCAUGUUGUCCUCCUCAGCCAGCCCAGAGAAGGGGGGGGUUAAGAAGGGGGUCCAAUGCUGCUCCCCACACAGCCUUUUCCAGCGAUACUCAAAAGGGUGAGUACAAAAUCCGAGCUCUGCACUCAAAGCGAGCCUUCGCUGUUCCGCACGCAGGUUCUUCACAGACUACCCUGACAGCAAGCAGUACUUCAAGAACAUCCCAACGGAAGGCGACCUGCUGAGGGACCCUGAGGUGGGCUCCCACGGCCGGAAGGUCAUGGUCGCUCUGAACCAGCUGGUUGAAAACCUGGACAACCGGAAGCAGGGCUGCCGGCUGCUGGAGCGCCUGGUGGAUAACCACAAGAACGUCCACCAAGUGCCGCCAGGGAUGUUCCAGGUAUGGGGGGGGAGGGGCGAGCAAGCAAGCAGGGAGGACACAGGAGCUGCUGGGCUGGCAGCUUGCCCUCGGAGCAGCUGGGAUCCUUCCAACGGGGGGGGGGGGGGAGGGAGUGUGGGAAUGUUGAGGAAAGUAGGAGAGGAUAUAUUGAUUAAACAUUAUCCCUCCUCGCUCACUAGUGAGCAAGCACAUUCCCUUGCGCAUUGCCAAGUUGAUGGAUUCGUUAGAAUCAUUUAAGUUAUGCAAGCCAGUCGGGAUUGUUGCUGGUAAGUUUCCCCUUUUAUUUCCCACUUAAAAUAAUAAUAACAACACAACAGUCUUGUUUAAAAGUAAGGGUAAAGUUUACUUACAUUCAGUUCACCGUAGAAUUCUGAAGGCAGGCUCUAUCUUUUGGCUACAGUUACCUUUGUAGAGAAAAGAAGUCUGAGCUGGGCCUCAGACUUUCCACCUUGUGGCUUCGUUCCUCUGUAAGGAUGAGCCAUGUGCUGCUGGCUAAGAGCCAGCAGAGAGCCAAAGAGGAAGAUGCCUGCAUGGCUAGCCCUUUUGUAGGGUCUGCUAAGGUCACGCCCAUCUACCUGGUCACACGCAGGGGGAGGAGGCUCCAGAGCAGGUAUGACAGGAAGUCCCCCCGGUCUGGAGCCACAUUCCCCUGUGUGUCCACCAUUCUAGGCAACAGGAAAUGUUGCACUUGACUGCAUCAUUGAUGAGACAUCCCACGGGGGGAACCUGGGUCUGAUCCUGGCAUCCCCAGCAGGCCACCUCCUGCCACUCUCCUGGCAUUGCCUUGAGGUCAGGGGGCCACGUCAGUGAGGCUCACUGCAGAGCCUGUCUGGCUCAGGGGAGCUCUGAAGCCAAGCCAAGCAGGUCUCACUGAAGGCACCAGGGGGCUCCAGACAGGACCUUCCAGGCGAGGAACUCCCUGCGCAGCCACCCCAGCUGACUGGAGCUGCCAGCCAGCUUCCCCUGCAAGGAGGCCCCAUGAAAGCGUGCAAGCAUCCCUUUGCCACCGUGUUCUUCCCUGGCCACACCUGCCGGCACAGGUGGCAUCAGGUGUGGGGCAGGUGGGCACGGCAUGGGGGGGAAAUGGCUCAGGGACCAGACAGGGAGCCCAGCUGGGCUUCCUCAGCACUGCCCUUUGCCACAAGAGCAGCCACAGGCUUCCUCCGCUGCCCUUUCCCGCCUUCAGGCUUAAUGCCUCUCCUGGGGCUGUCUCCUGCAGGCUGAGCCAGGCAGAGAAUCUAUGGGGCGCUCAAGCAGGGGCUUUUGGAAAGGGAGCCUAGUGGUUAGAGCCUUGGGGGUCACUGGGAAUGCAUCCCAAGCUACCCGCUGAAUGGUGCCCUCCUUGCCCAGCUUCUGUUUCAGACCAUUCUCUGCGUCUUCCAAGAAGUCCUGGCAGAUGAGUUCACCAACGACAUGAAGCUCUCUUGGGAAAAGUUCUUUGACGCCGUCUUUGCAGAAGUAGAAGCCGCCUACAGUCGCCCCCUUCUGCCCUAGAGAAAGGAGGGGCAUCCCCCGGGUACCCUGCUCCCCGCUCUCUUCCCCUUCUUACAUUUGUAUUGAUGGAAUAAAGAGGGCAGCAUUUACUUUCU